AUGAUCUUCAGCCGCGCUAAGACCCGCAAACGCACGCCUUGCAUCGGGUUCGCCCCAUCAGCCAUGGCUCGGAUGACUGCAGUGGCAAUGCUGCUGUCAGGGCUGCUGGUCGCCCUCCUUCUCUCCACUGCCAUCGCUGCCAUCAGCACCACGCCACUUGCAGAGGAUACGUGGUGUGCCUCCAUCGUACAGGGCUCGUCGGUUUUCGUCCUGUAUUCUGCCAUCACCACGCUUGUAGCACUGCUGUGGUGGAUGGGCGUGACCCACACGCGAUACAGAGCAUGGGUGCAUCAGCAGGGCUUGGCGGCUGGGCUGAUGAAGCUGAAGAGUGCAAGCAAGUGCCUUGAGCCUUGUGGAAUCUUCUCUUUGCUGCACAGCCCCAUGAGGCAUGCAUCUUUCAGGAUGCAGAGAGUGGGAGAGGCUGUAGGAACUAUCAUGGCAAGUAUGGUCGGAACACGCGAGUUGGGUGAGGAGAUGGAGAUGAGGAUGAGGGCGUUGGGCUUGCAGCUGGAAGAGACAAGGAGGGAGUUCGCAGCAACCAAUGGGGGAUUAGAGGAGGCUGAGAAGAGGCGAGCUGUGGAAAUGAGAGAGAUAAGAGGGCAGGUGGAGGAGAGGGAGAGGGAGCUGUUUGAAGUGAAGGGGGAGCUGGCUGCUAUGAAGGGGGAAUUGGCUGAAUACAAGUCAAAUGUUCAGCUGAGAAUCAGUCAGAGUGAAGGCCACACGAAGCCUGCAUGGGCGAGAGUCAGGUAUCACAACAGGCUGAUUUAG